AUGGCUUUUUUCAAUGCCUUGACCUCAGAGAAGCCACAUGCAGUAUGCAUGCCAUUCCCAGCUCAAGGCCACAUAAACCCAAUGCUGAAACUAGCCAAACUCCUCCACUUCAAAGGCUUCCAUAUAACCUUUGUCAACACUGAGUUUAUCCACAAACGCCUACUUAAAUCCCAAGGCCCCAACUCUCUCAAUGGCCUCCCUACUUUUCGUUUCGAAAUGAUCCCCGAUGGCCUGCCUCCAGCUGAUGCUAAUGUUGCUGCCCAACAUAUGCCGUCCCUCUGCCAAUCCAUUAGGAAACACUGCUUACAGCCCUUCAGAGGCCUUCUUUCGAAGCUCAACUGUUCGCCGAAUUCACCUCCGGUUACUUGUGUAGUUUCUGAUGGCAUCAUGAACUUCAGUCUCGAUGCAGCCCAAGAACUCGGAAUUCCGGGUGUUAUUUUCUGGACAACCAGUGCUUGUGCCUUCAUGGGCUACAUUCAGUAUGGACCUCUCAUUCAAAAGGGUUUAGUUCCUCUUAAAGAUGCCAGUUACUUGACAAAUGGGUAUUUAGAUACUGUGAUAGAUUGGAUACCUGGAAUGAAAAGUAUCCGAUUGAAGGACAUCCCAAGCUUCAUUAGAACAACAGACCCAAAUGACCUGAUUAUGGAUUUAAUUAUGGUUGAUACAGAACGAUCUAAAAGAGCUUCUGCCAUUAUUUUGAACACGUUUGAUGCCUUAGAGCAUGAAGUUUUAGAUGCACUUACGACUUUGCUACCACCUAUUUACUGCAUUGGACCCCUCUAUCUACAACUUGAUCAUAUCCCAGCAGAUAACGAAUUGAAGUCCAUUGGAUCAAACCUGUGGACAGAGGAAACAGAGUGUCUUCAAUGGCUUGACUCUAAAGAACCCAAUUCUGUUGUUUAUGUCAAUUUUGGAAGCAGCACAGUCAUGACAUCUGAGCAGCUAACUGAGUUUGCUUGGGGGCUUGCAAAUAGCAAGAAGGCCUUUUUUUGGGUCAUUAGGCCUGAUCUUGUUGGUGAGGGGAAAUCAGUUGUGGUUGCACCAGAGUUUGUGGAAGAGACCAAGGAAAGAGGUCUAUUGGCAAGUUGGUGCCCUCAAGAACAAGUCUUGAGCCACCCGGCUAUCGGAGGGUUCUUGACACACAAUGGAUGGAACUCUACUAUUGAAAGUGUGGGAGGUGGGGUGCCCAUGAUCUGCUGGCCUUUCAAUGCUGACCAACAAACCAAUUGCAGGUUUUGUUGCAGUGAAUGGGGCAUAGGGUUGGAGAUAGAGGGUGAUGUUAAAAGAUAUUACAUAGAGGGCCUUGUGAGAGAGUUGAUGGAAGGAGAGGAGGGCAAAAAAUUGAGGAAGAAAGCCUCGGAAUGGAAGAAGUUGGCAAAGGAGGCUACUACUGGUUCUAAUGGAUCAUCCUUUUUGGAUUUGGAUCAAAUGGUUAACAAGGUGCUUCUAUCUCCCAGAAAUUAGAAUGGAGCAAUUGUGUU